CUCGUCUCCGUUCCCGACCUCCCCUUCGUCUUCUUCCCCCGACCCCCCACUCCCUCUCGAUUCCUUCCUUUUCCUCUUCGGAUCUGCUCUCCAGUGGCCUCUGCGGGCCAGAGAGCUUUUUCUUUUCCUCACCAUGAGCUUCGCUCGCCCGGCCAGAUGCCUGUUCUGCAGCUUUUCUCGCGCUGCCGCUCCGGUCUCUCGCGUGCCUCGUCGCCAAUUCCACCUCUCGCCGACUCAGUUCUCGGAUCGGAAACCCGGAGUCCCCAAUGAACCGCCCACGGAAAGCAAGACCCUGCAGGAGAUCAGGCGGGAAAUGAAGCCGCAGGACUUCAAGCCGUACUCGGAGGAGGAAAAGAAGGCCCUAGCGGAGGAGUACACCCCCGAGCAGAUGGCCGCCGUGGAGGCCGGUGAAGCCGCCGUCGACCCGAAGGAUAUGGCCGACCAGUUCGCCGUUCGUCGGGACCCCAUGGCGCUCCGGUACCUGGACGAUUUCUCCGUCAUUGAACCCGGAGUGGAUAGGCACGUUCGCGCGCCCAAGUCCAACUCCGACUACAACGUGACCUUCAAGAACGACAAUGAUUUCGUGGACGACUUUGCCCGCUACUUUGCCGAAAUGCCCGAGAACGUCAACGUGGGGGAAUGGGUGCAGUUUUUGGAGACUCUCCGGGUGACCAAGGGCAAGGAGGAGAACGAAUUGAACCCCCACAGUGCGCUGGUCCCGGAUUUCUUCCAGCCCGGAGAGAACUUGUCUGGCGAACGGGAGGAGCGUCCGAGGAUCUUCGAGUUGGAAAAGCCAGGAUCCCAGAACAAGGAGUCCGACAGUAUGACGGAUGCUCUGAAAAACCUUGUGCUGUCCACCGGCUAUAGUGUGCACGAGAUCAACGCGAUCAGGACGAAGAUUCUUGUCCAACACUCGGUCGUUAACCAGACGCGUCUGGGUAAGAUCCGGAGUAUAUAUGUUCUCGCCAUCGCCGGUAACUCCAACGGUCUCUUGGGAAUUGGUGAGGCCAAGUCACAGGAAGGUACCGAUGCCCAGACCCAAUCCCGGUACCGAGCCAUUCGCAACAUGCAGCCCAUCCCGCGGUACGAGAACCGAACCAUUUUCGGUGACGUGAAGGGCAAGGUGGGAGCUACUGAGCUGCAGUUGAUGACCAGACCUCCCGGCUUUGGUCUCCGCUGUCAACAUCUGAUCUUCGAAAUGUGCCGCGCCGCCGGUAUCUCCGAUCUCGCCGCGCGUGUCGGUCGUUCGCGAAACCCCAUGAACACGGUGAAGGCCGCCUACGACGCUCUGAUGAGCCAGCGCAGCCCGGAACAGAUUGCCCGGGCCCGCGGAAAGAAGCUGGUGGACGUGCGCAAGGUCUACUACUCCGGACAUGCCUAAACGGGUUUCAUUUCGGGGCCUUGAGCUAUGUCAAUUUCUGAAUCUGAAUUGGACGGUCAUCCUCACGCACAGAAUCGACUGACUGACUGUAUGACUACGAAGGCACAGUUCAGCGACAUGUGCGAAUCAUGUCUUUUGCGUUAGAGCUGUGUAUAUAAUUUUGGUUUUCUUUUUCCCAUAUGUAUUUGUAUUUGCAAAGUUCCCUUGUCAUAUUAUGCAUCAUUGAAUAGGAAUAGGAAUAGGGCCAGCCAGACGUGGUAUUCUCAACUCCAACCGGGUAUCAUAGGCAUAGCCACAUACAUCACAUUUAAAAC